GGAGACUGAACACGGAGCGUCAACCCUGCACAGAGAUGUCACACGCAUCCUACCAUCACUAGCAUAAUUUACCAAAAGAGAGCUCGAGGGGACAGCUAGCCAACAGAGCCGGAGGAAACACACUUUUCCUUGAAAUAUUUUUGUGGUUAAUUAUUUCGAUUCUCAUCGGGUGCUCAACAGUGGAUAAGCGGUCAUGUCAAAGAACAUUGAAUUAUUUAUAGGCACGCGAGUCUUGUUGUGUGACAUUAUUGCCCCAAAACCAUUUAGUUAGAUGUGCGUCUUCAACAGUAACUGGCACACAUAGCUUUUUCGGCCAAUGCUUCACUUUGACGACCACGGAUACUUGCUGAUAGGCUGUGGUGCUCGCAGUAUAGCCAAUCUUCAGAGGUGGCUUGAUAUUUUUUGCCAUUUGAUUGGCUUCAUUUAAGCCGAUGUGUGUUGGGUGUAUGGGAGAGGAUCAAAAGGACUGAUUUUCGAGGCGUCAAAGGCUUUGGCACUACCUCACCCGGGAGGACGCAUCCUGGCUAACGGUCGCCAUCCUGAAUUGCAUCCUGGCUAACGGUCGCCAUCCUGUACUUGGAUCCUAUAAACCUCCAUGCUGACCAUUUCAGAGGAGCGAAGAAGAGGUAGGAUAGCGACCAGGCUACCCAUCGACUUUUUAUGUAAACACAUUGAAAAAGGACCUCCGAGCGAAUAAGGAACCAAAUACUCCAAAUACAAAACAUCCAAUGAUCGGUGUGUGUUGUUGAUUUGUUUUCUGCUCAAGUCAGUGUGAGUGAGACGAGCACAACCUCAGGAGGCUGAACAGAAACGGUUGUAGAGUAGGUGCAAAUCCAAAGACGAUGGUCCACUGUGCCGGGUGCGAGAGGCCUAUACUGGACAGGUUUCUCCUCAAUGUUCUGGACAGAGCGUGGCACGUCAAGUGCGUACAGUGCUGCGAGUGUAAAUGCAAUUUAACAGAGAAAUGCUUUUCUCGAGAGGGGAAACUAUACUGCAAAAACGACUUCUUUAGGUAAGAUUGACCGGUGGGAGCUUGCUCCCUUUCAUUCGUCCUUUACUACAGGAAUUAUUAUUUCAGAUGUAUAGUCUUGGAUAAGCAUUGCCAUGUUUCUGUUUAGUAAACACUACUAUCCUAAUGUUCUCAGUCAAAUGCAUAAUUUUCCCAAAAAAGACUCAUAAGGAUAUAAUGCAAACACAAAACAUUUUCAAUAUAAUUUAUUAUAGGCUAAUAAUGAACAUAUAAACACAGGUAUUUGUUUAGUGUAACAAAAAAAAACAGAGGUGAAUCUCUAACUUCUGAACUAAUGAACUCAAAAGUAGAGCCUAUAAAUCAUUUAAAAAUAAAUUGCAAAACUAUCUAAAGACAUACGAUAAUUACACCUCAUACCUUCAAACUGUGCUUUAGACAACUGUUAAGCCAAUAAUUGUUUGCCUUUUUCUCUCAAAACAUUUACCAUUAUCAUUUACAUUUUAGUCAUUUAGCGGACGCUCUUAUCCAGAGCGACUUACAGGAGCAAUUAGGGUUAAGUGCCUUGCUCAAGGGCACAUCGACAGAUAUUUCACCUAGUCGGCUCGGGGAUUAGAACCAGCGACCUUUCGGUUACUGGCACAACGCUCUUACCCACUAAGCUACCUGCCAUCCCCAUUAUAAUUUGCUUAUACAAAAUGAUAGGCAUACUCAAGGCUAAAUACGUAAUGGAAUUUAUGAUAGAUCGCACAUAUUAAUACAUGAACCACUCUAAAUAUCAGUUUUAGAAAUGUCUAAUAUGGUUCAAAUAGACAAAUAAGACUGCAUCCAAUUCCUCCAGAAUUUCUAAUAAGUGCUAGGUGUGAAGGUAUAUUUGGAGGUGGUGCUUCGGAAGCUUUGAUUAGGACAGCCAGUAAUUAAAGGCUUGUUAAUUUGUAUUGUUAUGCUAAAAGUUGGACAGCAACAUUAAACGCGUGUGUACUCGUCCUCGGUAUGGGGUAUGAAGGAAAUCACACGUUGUUUGUAAAGGCGUAGAGGUGCAGAGAAGCGGCUAGAAAAUACUUAAUCGGGAUAGUGUGGAGGAAGUGUGUCUCGGCCCAGUGGCAAAGCUAUCUGCCCAGGUCCCUGUGUUUGCACGGCUCCAGUGAGAAGGACGUGAUAAGUGGAUUUAAAUAAUAAACCUGUUUAAAAGAUCAAACAAGCAGACAAUGCAAUCACAGACUUGCAGUCAGUGUACACCAUCUCAAUACACAUUCGUUUCCGUUACAAUCAACAAAAAUAGGAUCAUUACACGUUAAAGUAAUAACUUCUAUAUUGCAAUGUAUAUUAUGGUGUAUAAGUCUUUAUUAUCCCAAAACCCUAGAGAACGUUAUUGCCUAAUUGUGUUAGACAUUUAGGCCUGUUGUUUUGUGUAAUUACAUUAUGUGUUCUUUGUUCAUAAUGAUCAGCUAAAUUGCAGAAUGGACAACACAAAUUGUUUUCUUCUAACAGGUCUAAAUAGGCUUAAAAUGCAAUUCUAGGCAAUUCUCUUAUUUACACAAAAAUAUAUCUAUAAUGGAACAAAUCAUUUUUGAUUGGGAAAAGUAAGAAAAUGUUUCCGUUGACAAUGAAUGAGAAAUAUAAAAUAAGGACAGGGCCUAUUACGGUCAACCAUAAUUAUAAAGAACAGGACCACAUAUGGCCAUUAUGGAAUCAUUCUCAUCGUGAAUCAUUGCAAUUGGGAGCCAGCAGGCCUAUUCAUACACUCUUAGAAAAAAGGGUUCCAAAAGGGUUAUUCGGCUGUCCCCAUAGGAUAAUCCUUUUUGGUUCCAGGUAGAACCCCUUUUGUCUCCAGGUAGAACUCUUUUCGGUUCCAUGUAGAACCCUCUGUGGAAAGGGUUCUACAUUGAACCCAAAACGGUUCAACCUGCAACCUAGGUUGAAGAUGGGAAGGUCAAAACAAUGAAGUAAUUCCAUACGGAAGCGUUCUAAAAUUCAUGUGACCAGCUCCAUUGAUAACUACUAGCGCCGUUUCUAACUAGCAACGCUUGUCCCAUGAAUUGCAAAGAGUUAUGGGAUAUUAAUCCUCUUGUCUUAACCUGUAUAUUUUGAACAACCAAACGGUUCUACCUGCAACCAAAAAGGGUUCUUCAAAUGGUUAUUCUAUGGGGACAGCCGAAUAACCUUUUUAGGUUCUAGAUAGCACCUUUUCUUAACAGUGUUGACUAAGCUGUUACCUCUAUUAAAAAAUAUGUAUUUAUUCACACUGUCAAUAUGCAGUCGUUGUAUACUAACAUAUAUUGUUUGGUUUUGUGCCUAAACACAUUUUAAUAAUCAUGCAUUCUUCCUGUGUCCCCUCGCAGGAGGUUCGGGACAAAGUGCGCGGGCUGUUCUCAAGGCAUCUCGCCGAACGACUUGGUCCGGAGGGCAAGGAGCAAAGUGUUUCAUCUCAACUGCUUCACCUGCAUGAUGUGUAACAAACAGCUAUCCACGGGAGAGGAGCUCUACAUCAUAGACGAAAACAAAUUUGUCUGCAAAGAAGAUUAUCUAACCCACAGCAAUGGGAAAGACACAAACCUUCUCUCAGGUAGGCCUAUACGGCCAAAUUGGCUUUAUAAUUUUGGGCGCAUGGAUACUAAAUUGUGAUGGAUGUGAGGUAUUCCACCCACAGUUUGGUGUUGAAUGAUCAUGCAUCAAUUCAAUGGUUUGAGGAAGAACAUGGCCGUUCUCUUGCAUCUAUUGUAGGCCCUAUGCCUAAGCUAUUUUAUUUUAUGGUAAAAACAGAAAUAAGGAUUUGCGCAAUUGCAUAGCCUAUAUUUUCACACAAUUGCUAAAGAUUUCUUUGGAUUUUAGGUCUAAGCCGAAAUAUCAAAUUCUAUUUGCAUAGAUGUUAAUUAUCGGACUUUGGUUGUAUGGCUAUUGGAGACCCAUACGCCUAUUGAUUUUAUUGUAGGCCCAUUUUAUGACAUUUAAUGAAUUGGUCGCUGAAAAAUAACUGAUGGACAAAUAGUGUUCAUAAAAAUAAUUUAAAUCUGCAUAGGUUAUUAUUUCAGGUAGGCCUAUAGUGUAAUAAGCCUAUAUACAUUUGUAAAAAACCCCACAUAUUCCUCAUUAUAUUGAGGUUAUAGGGUUACACAUGGACUGUGUGUCUAAGCUUUUUCUGUCCUUUUUCGUUUUUACAGUAACAGCAUGUAGCGAUCCAAGUUUAUCACCGGAUUCUCAAGACCAGUUACAGGACGAUGUAAAGGACACUGAAAUAGCCAAUCUGUCGGACAAAGAAACGGGUAGUAAUGAGAACGAUGGCGAAAACCUUGGCGGUAAACGACGUGGACCGCGAACCACCAUCAAAGCAAAGCAACUGGAGACCCUGAAAGCGGCGUUCGCUGCCACCCCCAAACCCACGAGACACAUCAGGGAGCAGCUCGCGCAAGAGACUGGGCUGAACAUGAGAGUCAUUCAGGUAAUGGCAAUGACAAAUGCACUAUAAUGACAUACAUGCAAUUCCUGAUGCAGCUCAUGUCAUAUUGGUAUGGGAGUGGAUGAGGACCGUAUAUUUCAGUGGGAGCGGGCCGUUGUGAGAGGAGGGGAGUUGGGGGACCCUCACCUUGUGCGCUUUCAGGUUUACGCACUUAUUAAAACGUGUGAUAUAGCAGCUUAUAUUUUAUGGAAAGUAUCUCCCUGAGCGCCUGAGAAAAAAAAGAAAAAUGGUGGGGGCACGUGGAGUGGGGUCUUGGUUGGCAAUUGUUUUUCCAUGUUGGGCACGGUGUCAACAGUUCGCCACAGUGAGACCUCAUCACAAUCACUCCGCUCCUUUCUCAUCUGCCUUCCCGCUUAAAGAUGGGGUUGCCUAGAAAUUGCAUGGUCACACUGAAUUGAACGAGCGAAAGAUUGGCUGCGAUCGAGGUUUAUUUGGAAAGCGUAAUUUAUAUGGGUAUUUUUGAUUCUUGGCGUGCAGGAUGGGUAAAUACGCCAAUUGGCCUGAGACUGGUGAGAGCGAUGGGUGUCUUGGCAACGCUGGGCCAUCACGUUUUGCGACCACAUUUAGCCAUGCUGUGACCAUUUUCAGUCAAGUGUAAACGCAGAAAUCUGUUUCAGGAGACUUAGUAUUAAUAUGAUUGUUGUUGUUGUCGUUAUUAUUAUUAUUAUUAUUAUUAUUAUUAUUAUUAUUAUUAUUAUUACCAGUGGUAUUUAUUUGACAUGUUUAAUUUUAACAAAUUCCGCAACAUAAUUCAAAAAAGUAGGCCUAUCAUUUGGAUGUCUUUUUUGUCUUGUGGCAUUAUUUGUGGCCUAUUUUCAAGAGUUUAAAAGUAGGCUACUGAAAAUUAGGCUACUGAAGAUGCACAUCUGAUUUAGUUUUUUUUAGUUGCUCUCUGUAUCUCAUCACCUAAAUUCAAAAAUAAGCGCACACACAUAAGCGCAUCCGCACCGUUGAGAGUCUCCAAUGAUUGGGCUAGUGCUGCGGGGACAUGGUAAACUAUUAACAAAAGAUUGAACCGCAGAUCAAGUAAAAAAAAAAAAAAAGGUUUAUGGAGAUUAAUAAAGUGGCGAAGUUGGAUAUUUAAGAGCGUCAGGGAAGAGCAUAAUUAGCAGAAGGAAUAUAUAGAUUACGAAUUAAUAACCUCGCAGAGCCGGUUAAUAUAUCGGUAACAACCCUCCUAUUAAGUAUUAAUUAGAUAUUUUAAAGGUUCCUGCUGCUGCCCCCUCAGUCGGGGUAAAUGGAGGGUUAAAAUAUCAUUAAACUGAGGUUAGAUAUGUGAGUCUGGAGUGACGAUAAUUAGUAGUAAUCUUGUCCCUGCAAUACGACUUCACUCCAUCAGGUCACCACGCACCGAACCUGACCACCAUGCAGGGCAGCGCGUGCACGGGCACAAACAGGGACCCAGGUUAUGCAUGGCCUGGGUGUUGCUUUGAUGUUGAUCACGGAUCUAUAAACAAAGCAAUGAUAUUAUAACGGUAAAGCAGUAAUAAUGAUAAAAGGACAUCAUAAUUAAUGCUUAUAUUGUUUGAAUAGUUCUGAUAUCAAAGUUCGGCUACUUUUGAUAUAGGCUACUAAUCUAUAAUGAUAUUUCUACAAAACAAGUUUUUCUAUCUGUAGUGAAGUAAAGUGUUUGUUUUUAUUUUUAUUACUAUGCAAUUUGGAUUCUGCACAUUUACAUCCUGUGUGCAUUCAAUUCUUUAUCUUAAUAUAUAGAGAUUUGUGGUCAAAUGUCAUUUUGGAUACAGAGGCAAUCUUUAGUGUGAGCCUCUCUUUGUCUCCAACUCUCCAGAAGUAAUUUGUGCACUUAAAUUCUUCCAAUCCAUUUAAUUUUCAUUAACGUUGCUCUAUGCUGACUUGUGUGCUCCGUAGGUAUGGUUUCAGAACCGGCGGUCCAAAGAGCGACGCAUGAAGCAAUUGAGCGCCCUGGGUGCGAGACGGCACGCGUUCUUCCGGAGCCCGAGGAGAAUGAGAACACUAGUGGACCGGCUGGAACCCGGGGAAUUAAUUCCAAACGGUCCCUUCUCUUACUACGGAGGUAAGAAGAGUGAUGACACGGCGUGCGUGUCCCAGCGGGUUUAUCAGUUUCACAUGUUUGGCUGAAAUGUCGCAUAAUUGUAUGUGUCCGCCAAGCGCUGUUUCCAUUUGUCGCGCUGCCCCAGGACGCCUUUGAUGACUAUCAUGGCUUAUCAGAUGAGCGCAACACACAUAAUUGGAAUAGGACCUGCACCGAGAGGAGUGCUUUUAAAUGUUUGGGUAUGGAUGGACAUUAUCUAGAGAUGGAUUAGUUAGGAUGCUGUGCCAAAUCUUCACGUGUUAAAAAAUGUGAUAGAUGAUUUACAAUGGGAGAUAAUCAACGAUUAUGCACGAUUACACAUGUGCCAAAACGCUACAAAAAGGUUUGAAGUGAUUCGAAAUUGAGUUUGUUAAAUUACAAUGUUUAAAUAACGUGUCUCUUUAAAUAUUGUCUCAGAUUAUAAACUUCAAUCAUCUGACCCAUUUGUCCAAACUAGAAAAUAAAAAAUAAAUAAAAUAGGCCUAAUAAAAAUAACAAUUACAGUAGAAUGGAGAAUCAAUCUUGAUAUGGUGUUAAUGUAAGAUAAACAGCUGGCAAUAACAGUUAAUGCAAGAGGCCUAAAUAUGUCAUUAACUAUGAAUAAAUAAUCACUAGUACAUUAUUAUUAUUGUUCUCUGUAUGUCAGGUAUAUUAUGUCAACAUUCAAACUGUAUUAUGUUAUCUCACUCACCGAAUUUUCUAAAAAAUGUUCCUUACAAGAUGACAUUCACAUGCAAGAAUGGUGCAUUUGUAGGCCUACUGUUUUCCUAGGAAGGUGCUUGAAACAUAUUUGGUUGUGACAUGCAUUUUGUGUUUCUUUGAGGAAUAUUUAGAAUGUUGAUGCUUGGAGAGGGUAGUUGAAUUUGAGAAAUGAACUCACAAUAAAUUGCAAAUAAUUUAGAGAAAUUAUUAAUAUACAAACAUGUUUAUCUACUCCUUUGGGCAGAUUACAGAUUUUUCACCUUGUCAACUCGGGGAUUCGAACUAGCAACAUUUCUGAUAUUGGCCCAACGCUCUAACCACUAGGCUACCUGCCACCCUUAAAAUGUAAUAAUGUAGACUUUUCUUGAUUGUGGUGGAGUGUGUGCUUCCUUAUUUCAAUUUUCCUAACAUGUUUUGUGGAUAUAAAUAGUGUGUGGUGGACUCUUGUCCUGCUGAAAUAUUUUUUUUCAUCUUAGAAGGUAAAAUCUCUGAUGAAAUGGUCCCCAUUUUAAUUAAUUUUGCUGCGGCGUUGUUCUCCCCACCCAAUUGCAGUUUUGAUUUAAGUGUAAUGUCCUUUGACUAAUGUGCCACGGCGAGGGUUUCUCCCUAUGCAACUUCAGGCUAUGUAUAUUCAAUGAAUUCCUGAAUAUUUCUGAGAUCAUUUUUACACGCCGCAUUGUUCCCAGGCUAACCCUGAUUUUUUGUCGAUCUGCAGAUUAUCAAAGCGAGUACUACGGUCCAGGAGGGAACUACGACUUCUUUCCUCAGGGGCCUCCAUCGUCGCAGGCACAGACCCCCAUAGACCUCCCCUUCGUGCCCUCCUCAGGCCCCACGGGCACCCCUCUAGGUGGUAUGGACCAUCCCCUGCCCGGGCACCACCCCUCCAGUGAGGUGCAGCGCUAUUCUGACAUCAUGUCCCACCACCCUGGGGACUCGCCCAGUCCGGAGCCAGGCAUCCCAGGGCCCAUGCACAGCAUCUCCUCUGAGGUGUACGGCCCCAGCCCACCCUUUACCUCACUGUCCCUCAAUGGCAGCGGAUACGGCAACCACCUGUCCCACGCACCCUCGGAAAUGAACGAGGGCACCGUCUGGUAGCUUUAGAGAGCUGACUGUACCAUUGAGAGAUUCAAUAGGGGAGGACAGGAGAGCGGGC